CGGCGGCGGGCGCGGCGCCAGCGCGGGACCUGCGCCCCCCGCGUCCCGAGCCCGCCCGCAGGCAGAGGGGCCCGCGGAGCCCCGCUGGGAGCACGGCCGGCAUGAGCCAGGUGCCGAGGAAGCUGCCGGAGGAGGAAGAAGGGGACGAGGAGGAAGAGGAGGAGGAGAUCGUGGGCUUGGCGGGCUACGCCGACGGGGCCGACUCCUUCUCGGACGGCGACGCGGAGAGCGGCGGCGAUGAGGCGUUUUUGGAUUUCAAUGAUCCCUUCAGUACUGAAGUUAAGCCAAGAAUCCUACUCAUGGGAUUGAGAAGAAGCGGGAAGUCUUCCAUUCAGAAAGUUGUCUUUCACAAAAUGUCGCCGAAUGAGACUCUCUUCUUGGAGAGCACAAACAAGAUCUGCAGAGAGGAUGUUUCCAACAGCUCCUUUGUCAACUUUCAGAUAUGGGAUUUUCCUGGGCAAAUUGACUUCUUUGACCCUACGUUUGAUUAUGAGAUGAUUUUCAGAGGCACUGGAGCACUAAUAUUUGUUAUUGAUUCUCAGGAUGAUUAUAUGGAAGCAUUAGCUCGGCUGCAUCUUACUGUGACCAGAGCUUAUAAAGUGAAUCCAGAUAUCAACUUUGAAAUCUUUAUCCAUAAAGUGGAUGGUUUAUCUGAUGAUCACAAGAUUGAAACACAAAGAGAUAUUCACCAGAGGGCAAAUGAUGACCUUGCAGAUGCUGGAUUGGAGAAGAUUCACCUCAGCUUUUAUCUGACAAGCAUAUAUGAUCAUUCUAUAUUUGAAGCGUUUAGCAAAGUGGUACAGAAACUGAUUCCACAGCUCCCAACACUGGAAAACCUGCUUAACAUCUUUAUUUCAAAUUCUGGGAUUGAAAAAGCAUUUUUAUUUGAUGUAGUCAGUAAGAUCUAUAUUGCAACGGACAGUACUCCAGUGGAUAUGCAAACUUAUGAGCUCUGCUGUGAUAUGAUAGAUGUUGUGAUUGACAUUUCUUGUAUAUAUGGGCUUAAAGAUGAUGGCACUGGAACUCCUUAUGACAAAGAGUCAAUGGCAAUCAUAAAACUGAACAAUACAACUGUCCUUUAUUUAAAAGAGGUGACAAAAUUCCUCGCUCUUGUUUGUUUUGUCAGAGAAGAAAGCUUUGAGAGAAAAGGAUUAAUAGACUACAAUUUCCAUUGUUUUCGAAAAGCCAUACAAGAAGUAUUUGAAGUAAGAAUGAAAGUAGUAAGAUCUCGAAAACAUCAAAGCCACAUGCAAAAAAAUAAAAGACCCACUCCCAAUGGGACACCAAGAAUGCCACUGUAACUGCGGUUUUCUGGCAAUGUGGCAAGCGAAGUUUUCAUGAAGUUGAUGUGACUUCUGCAUCUCAUUGCACUGAGUGAAGAGGAAAACAAAUGGGACUGAUGUAUUAUAUGACUCUUCCCUCAACGUUCAGAAAGCACUGUUUAAAUAUUUUUAUCCAAUCAGUUUUUUUCAUAUAGUGAGCACUUUGAGCAAAACGUUGUGUAUAUAAACAUUGAGGUGAACACUUGUAAGAAUUUUCUUAAUAUAUGCUGUAAACCUUUUUCAUGCCAUAUUAAGAAAAAACAGCUGUGACAGAAAUACUGGGUACAUAAUUUGCACUUUUUCAUGUUUUCCUUGUGGAGUUGGACUUUGAUAAACUUAAUUUUUAUGGUGAUUUUGAUGCAUGGUGUCAGGUAAAAUGUAUGCUGUAGUUUAUUUACCUGCUACAAUCAAAUUGGUUAGUAAACAAUUAAGAAAACUUGGUACAAUGCCUUUUAAAAUUUGUGACAGCUAAUACCUAACAUUCAUACAGAUCUAAUUUCGUAUAUUUUUCAAUUUGUAAACUGAAGAAUAAUAUUGAAGUAUUACAGCAAUAAGCACCUUACCAGGGAUCAUAACUGGUAGGUAAAUACUAGCUUUUAUAAAACAGGCUUUUGGCCAAAUUUCAUCUGGAGUUCUCCAUAACACUGGUCAUGCCCUCUCUUGGGUCUGUUUUUAUUAUUUACCUCAGCAUAUACCACUAAAAUACCUUUCUAUAAAGACAAUUGUUUUGUAAAAUGGCUCUAUGUUGCACUGGUAUUUUUAUAAGGCUUCAGAGAAGUGUGUUGUAUUUGUAAGUUGAAGUUACAUUGCUAAGUUUGUCUUGAGAGCCUGCACAUGUACAGUUGGCACAGUGAAGACUCUGUAUGUAUUUCCACCCUGACGUUCUGAUGUACUGAUAAGAAGUCAUAAAGACGUGAGCACUGGGUUCUGAUUCCCUCUAACAGGGGUCCAUCUGUGACUGAAAUCAAGAAGAGACCAUAAAAAUGAGGACUGGACAAUUUUAUCUGCUGUAGUAAUCAGCAUACAUCACUACUUUUUAUUUUAAUAUUGAAUAUGGACAGAUUUACCACAGGAUUGGUCAGGACAGGAGAGCACUCUCAAACAUAAAAGAAGUAACACUUGCUUUCCAAGUUCUUUAUCCAGUGUUUUUGUUUAAUUAGUGAUACAAAAUUAUAGUUUCUAGUCAGAAGAGCAACUCUUUUCUUUUACCAGUCCCGCUACAAACCAAUUGCAUGCACAGUGAUGUUGUUGGCAGCUCUUGGGAGUGGGAAGAACUUGACCUGAAUGGAGGCAGCUUUCUGUACACCAGAAGCUAGUUACGUGAGAUGUACCUCUUUCAUAGCUAAUCUGCCACCAGCCGAGGUAGCUCUGGAAAUGGGGGAAGGUUGAAUUUGAAAGUUUUUGUCUUAGCCAAGGUGAGGCAUAAUGCUGUAUGUCUGCCAGUGAGUUAUGAGGCCCCAGAGUUUGCUGGCUUUUGUUGAACAAGGAAGGGUUUAACCUGUGGUAGGCAAGGCUAAGCUGUGGUUUGGAUGCACAUACAGAGUUGCUGUAUGCUAUAUGGGCACACCUGGAAGCUCUGGUACUAUACUGAAUACAUGAUUUGGGAGAGCCAGUUGGCAUGAAUGCAAAGGCUCUUCACACAGACAUCUGCCAAAAGGGAGACCAGUAGUUUCCAAACCCUUUAUUGCUGCCUGAUUCACAUGGCUUUGCUUUUUAGGAACAAAUUAGUACUAUUGAACAUACGUGGAGUUCUUAGGAAAAGAUGCUAGUCAAUAGCUCCAUCAAGACCCACUUGAUAAGUAAUGCAGUUCUAGGUGCUCAGGAAGGUAAGAAACAUUGAUAAUAGUGAAAAGUACUGGUCUUGGUGCCAGUGUGAAGGAUGGUGACAGCAGCUGUAGAGUUCAAAUGCCUUUUGGUGCUGUUACCACCCGUCAGCUUAGUUGCGCUCAGCUCUUCUGACCAGCCCUUCAGUUAACAUAAUGCAAAGCUGUUUUCAGAGUUCACCAAAGCAGUGGUGAGUAAGAGCUACCUUUUGGCAGCUUUCCAGUCCACAGGACUUUCAUUGAAGGGCUGCCAUAAUUUCUGGCCAUGCAUUUGUCUUUCAACUUGUUGAGAUCUACCACUUGGUCAUAGUCUCUGUCCUUCUCCCUUCAUUCCUUCAGGUGUAGGUGACUGUGUGGGACUAAGAACACCUACCAGGCGGGGCCAGACUUUUUUUUUCUUUUCUUUUUCUUCUCCUCUGUGUAAACAAAGUAUGUCAUCAUAAUGGCUAUGGUAUGAAUCAUAACUGAAUGUAGCUUC